CGUGUUUAUGUAUACAAGGUCCAAAUGCACGUGUACUGCCGUGUGACGACAACCCGUGACGUCGAUCUGCAUACCGUAUAUCCAUCUGCCGAGUAGAUGGCGAUGUGAGCGGCGCUGACGCCGAAGCUAGCCGGGGUGCAGCCGGGCCGGGCUCAAGAGAGCGCGAGGGUACGGCAGCGUAGCUCAUCGUGAAUGCAAUACGGAGUAUACCUGGCCGAAAAAUUAUUUAAAAAGUCCAAAAUUCACAGGAUUCAUGCUAGAAAGAGCAGAAAGGAAUUGAUAGAACUUUGAUGAUGACUUGAAUGCUGCAGCUGAGUUUUAUAAAAGGAGGCAAAACUGAAGUCGGGGUUUGCUCUAAAGAAGUACAAGGACCUCUUUCAUAUUACAGGAUACUGCCCAAAUCCCCUAAAAGGGGUCAAACGUGCAGGAGUAAUGGAGUCUGAAUUUACCAUGGGUGCUUCUUUAGGAGAAGUUGAUAUCAAGGACUUUGUUUUGAGCGCGAAGGAUCUGAUUGAGCACAACCACAGUCAGACGACGAUACCUUACAGAGGACCUAAAGAAGGCCAUCCGGACGGAAGCACCAAACAAGAGCAACAGAUCGAGAGAAGGAGAGAUCAAAGACAUGAGCUACUCGGGAAUCAAAGAGUAUCCAGACUUGGCACAUUAUCAGUUGGAGAAUGGGAGCCCGAUAAAGAGCUAGUGGUUGUCAAAAGCCACAAGGGAAAGUUUUGGCGCACCAUGGGCUACAUGCUGCAAGGUCAGAAGUACCUCUAUCCUGAAGAAGGCUUGUUUCUUCUUGAAGUGGGUUCAAUGGAGUUGAAAUAUGGUGGUACUCCCCUCUCUGUCCAGCGUGCAUACAAUCUGCUGAUCCCGACUUACAUACCUAAGGAACAUUAUAGGGUGUACUGCCAUCUGAUGCGCCUUGGAUACAUCACUACACGGCACAUAGAGUCUGAUGUCACAGACUAUGAAUAUCGGCUUCGGAUGCAUCAAUACCGCCACACCCAGAACUUGGCCUACCAUAAGGUUCAGGGAUGGUUUCAGCAGCUUGGGGAUGACCAACCCAUGAAUUCCAUUUGGCCUGAUAGCGACUCCAAUGGUGGAAGCCUCAGCUCCAUAACCUCCCAGAACUGGUACAAGCGCAACAGGAUGUCAGCAGGCAACAGCAAUGCCAACACGAACAGCAGCAAUGGAAGGGAGCAGUCUGGCUGUGAUUCUUCAGAGGUAGGAAGUGCAGGAGAGAUGUCAAGAGCCAUCAAAGCCAGACAGAGAAACCAUAAAUCACCUGGAAAAUUGAGCAAUGUGAAAAAGUACAAAACUUGUGAGAAGGAGGAAGGGCUAGAUGAAAUGAAAUCUUUGGAGCAUAUGAGUGAUAUCAACGAACAGGAAAGGUGUUCAAAGCACACCAAGGUAGCAGAUGAUGAGGAAAAUUCAGGGGUCUCAAGAGACUUAAAACAAUCUGAAGAGCAAGAUGGAGAAACUGCAAGAGCGGAAAAGACUUGUGAGUUUGUGGAACCAAUGGAACCGAUUGAUAGCCCUGAAAAGAUCACCAAAGCUUUGAAAGACACUUCAGAUGACAGUUCUGUUUAUUCUGAUGGUCCCGUUUUUCCUGAAGAAGAUACUGGCAAAGGGUCAGGUUUUGAGGACAUGAGUAUCAGUCUUUUAGAUUUUCAUAAGAGAAGGCUGACUGCAAGCAGUGAGGAUGGCUCAAAGAAACAUAAAAAGAUGAAAAUGAGUUAUACGGAAAGCGAUAGCAGCCAAGGAAAAGGAAAGUUCAGAUUGUCUUCACACCUCAAUGUUACUCCACCACUUCCACCUCACUCUGACAAAAAAGCUUGUACACUUGAUGAUAGUGGGAAAGACACACGAAGUGACCUUGACCAGGAGUCGGCCAAGCUUGAUCAAAAUUAUAGAUUGUCAAGUAAACGGUUCAAACAGGGCUUAAAGCAAGUAAAGCACAAGCACCAUGAGAGAAGUGUUAGCUCCGAUCUAGGGCUCUCUGACACUGCCUCUGAGACAUCUGUAGAUCUUGAAGAGUUCCUGGACAUGGUGGUCCCGAUGAUGCAAGGAGCACCCAAGGGACCAGAGAUCAAUGACCAGGACAUCCAAGCCUAUUUGGAGUAUCCUCACUGGAACUUUGAUAAGAUUGCACUACCAGACAUUGCCUCAAGCAUCAAGCCUGCGCACCUUCCAUUCCCAUCCAAGGAGCUGGUACCGGCAAGCAUUGCUGCCGGCCGUUGCAUGGAAAACGUAGCAAUGGUUGAAGACAAACAGCUGGAGCUUACUAAGCUGUGCAACAACAACAAGAUGCUCCUGGCCAAGUCCAAGAAGAUCAUAGAUGUUCUUGAGAUCAUUGGUGACAGGAAGGAUAAGAAUCAGGACUCGAAGACUACAAGUGACACUGCCAAGGAACCUGACAAUUGGAAGGAGUAUAAGGAGAAGAAACACCAGGAGGAGCAAAAUUUGACUGAGUUGGUCAAUUCCCCUGUGGGCCAUCUCUGGAGUGGAACUGUCAAGCCCUUGGUGAAACCAUGUGAUGCAAAAUCAACAGGUCAUUUGUUAAACAAACUACAGGUCAUCCAGGCGGCCAAUCUGACCUGUGAACAUUCAGGUCAAAGAUUCUCUCCACCAAUUGUGGACUCCAAGAUUGUGUUUGAUGUAUUCUUGCCGGAUAAGAAGUACAAGAAAACCAACCCUGGUCAGCCUAACUUUUGUGUGGUGGUCUGCAGUGAGGAAGAUCCUGUCCCUGAGCUUGCUGCUCAGCUUGAUCUCCUGAUGAAGGCCGCUCCUGUCCCACUCAUAUGGGGUGUUGUCGACAACGCUGACAUCAACUUCUACACCCUCAACGACAUCGAACUCCCUGUCGACAUCACCAUUGGUUAAUCAUCACUUGAUGAUGAUGAUGACGAUAUGCAAACCACUUGCGCUCAAAAUAAAUUCGUUCUUUAUACGGAUGCUUGGAAUUCAGGAUAUUUGUAUUUCUAGUUCAGCAUAUGCUAGUAGGCAUACGUGCAAAAUCAUGUUUAAUUGCAUUUGUGCAUGUAUCUUGAAAAAAACGACACAAGAAUAAUCUUGGUUUUUCUAUUUAAAUAAAAGUAGAACCAUUAUGUCAUUAAAGAGUUUUUAAACCUUGUGGAUACAAAGAGGCAAAGCAAGUUUUGAUUAUAUGGAAGGUUAGUGGAACACAAGAUGUUAUUAUGUUUCAUGUUGAAUAUUCAGAUCGUUGGAGAAAUGAUUUCGGCACUUAAGUCAUCAAACUCGGUCUGAAGAGGUCUUUAUAAUCUAAAACAAGGUGAAUAUAUGUAUAUUAUUUUUGUUUGUUUUGUGUGUGUGUUUAUUUGUCUAGUGAUGAAAAAUAUGAUAAUGGAACACAUUUUACGAUGCUAUGUCAUUGCCUUUAUUCUGUUGUUAAAGAGUGAAAGUUUUAAAGAGAGGAGUAAAGAAGUCAAAUUGUUAACAAUUAUUAUGAUCACAUCACAAAAUAUUUUAGUGACUUCUGUACCGUAAAUGUCCCAUUUGACUUUUAAAUGUAGCAUUUUAGAACUUUGAAUCUGCUUCCUCUUGCACAAGUCUGACCAAUAACAGUUUCACAUGUGAAAUAGUCAACAGGUUUAGAAUCACUCAAUUUUGUUUCACCUAAAACCAUAGUAUUUUGUGAAAAGGGUACUUGUUCUGUGGUUUGUUUAAUUGUGUAAGACAAGUUCUGAAAGCUGAAAGUCUCACGUUCUCAUUAAUAUUUUCAAGCUAUUAAUGCAAGAAACGUAACAAGAUAGAGAUGCAUAGGUUUCACUUUAAAACAACACAGUCACGUAAUCAUGUAUUGAGUAUUACAGACUGAUAAUAUUGUGUAUUUAUUCAAGUUGAAUCAAGUCCAACUUUCACCAAUGUUGUGUCACAAAUAGACAUUGUUUUUUAAAACAAUUAUUUUUCUACCAAACAUCAAUUAAAAGCAGAAAUGUACAUCACGGCAAAGGAAUCUAAAGGUUAUUUUUUAUUUGUGUAAAUAUACAUGCAACAGCUCAUGCAGCCUAUUUUAGUCCAGAUAUGUUGAAGCAGUUAAUGUUUAGGAAAAAGUAGCUUACUAAUUAGCUCUUAUAACAUUAUCUCUUGUUGUAAUGCCUUUAAAGUAUUAUACAGUGCAUCCCACAAAAAAUAAAUCUGUUUUCAGAUAUAGAUUUCACAAUCAAUUAUUAAAGAUAUUUUUACUAUAAAUUUGAUACUCGUGGCAAGAGUUGAAUCUUAUCUCAAAUUUGAAACUAUUAGCUAAGCAAAUCGUUCAAGCAUGGCAGAUCACAAACAGUAAAUAUUGAGGCAUAUCAGAAACGAUUUGUGUAGAAACUCACAUGUAUAUCUGAAUCCACUCUCAUUUCAGGGAUCAGCGGGAGAAUCUUAACAAAGAAUACAAAAGAAAUGCGUCAAAUAAGCACGUCGUCGUAUCUCAAACCAAUCUGGUCCACUUUUUCUGCGCAACCUGGUUUGACAUGAAAAUUUCAAACUCAUCUUGCUCAUUAAUGUCUCAUAUUAGAUAUGAAAUAAGGAAGAAUAAUUGAGUUAUAUGACUAUGUUAAUGAAAUAUUAUUUAUUUGCCUUUUGAAGAAAUGGAACCAGCAAUUAAAUUUCACUUUUAUGCUUGAUUUUUCUUUUUUCUCGAAUAAAUUUGCUUUUUAAGUGGAUUUGGCUAUGUUAUGCUUUGCACCCAUAUCCUUUGCUAUGCACAGCUAUCGUUCACUGUAAAGACGCAUUUUUUAAUCUUUUAGAAAGAUAGUUUGUGUGUUUGUGUAUUGUAUUUGUAUGUAUGGUAUUGCAAUCAAAAUAUAUAUAUAUUCAUAAAUUUAGAAUUGCACAUUAUGUGUCUUGAAAUGUGAUGGGAUUUAAGAAUUGUGACAAUAAAUGUGCUUUAUGAUUACUGUA